UCGUCACAGGCUCAUGGCCGCACGCUGAAUAGCAAGCAUGAACUGAACUGUUAAUAACUCCCCAAUAAUAUUCCAGUUUUCCUCCUGUUUUCCAGUCGUGUCAGUGGGUCCAGCGGGACAGCAUGGCCUCGGAGGAGGACGACGCUCUGCUGUAUUUAAUCUUCCAGCACCUAAAGGUGCACGGCUACCAGAAAGCUGCCAAGGUGCUGGAAAAACACGUUAGUCAGGUGGAGAUGCCAAAGGAGAGCUCCAACCUCCAUGAUAUCUACACGGGCUGGAUGAAACUGUGCUCUCUAGCUCAGCAUGCCAAGGAGGAGACGGAGGACUCCUCUACUUUGAAGAAGAAGAGCAUCAAACCAGAACCCGCCACCAGUGAAGAAGAAGAGGGCGCAGACACCAAACUCUCCAACAUCACAGAGGAAAGUAAUGGGGAUGCCAAACCUCCACCUGAGUCCACGACAGAUGGUGUAGAGUCAUCCAGUGCGGAGCUCCCAUGCGAGGAGAGAGAAGCUGAGACGGUCUCUGAGCAGCUGCUGCAUCCUGCAGGUGAAACCAAAGCAACAAACUCAGGCAAGGAGGAAGAAGAAGAAAAGACAGAGGAGGAGGAAACAAAACCAGAGCAAGAGUCAGCUCCUGUUGAAGCGUCCGCCGAGGCAUCUAACAAAGCAGAAACUUCUUCAGACUCUGAGGAAGAGGGUGAGCCCGGCUUGGUCGAGCCCAGACAAGCUUCCUCUGAUCAGGCUGAGGAGCAGCUCAAGAACCCUGACCCAGCUGUGACCUCCAGUUUAGACAGCGAGAGCAGCAAGGAGAAUAAAGAAGACGACAAUGAGCUGCAGCAGGAGCCCAGCCCGGCCGAACCUGCCACAUCAGACCUGACAGCUCAGGAGACCAACGACCAGCCGGCAGAGAGCGAAGCCCCGCCUCCUGCAGAUCCUGAUUCUGAAAAUCUAAAAGAGGAAGAGGAGGAAAACGAGGAGGAGAAAUCUGAGAAGACAGAAGGCAGUGACCUCACAUCCUCGCUGGAGCCUGAAGACCAGACAAAGACGGCAACAACCCCAGAGGACCCCAUCACUGACACUGGUGACACAGAAAAAGCAGAAGAGCCGGAAGACCCAGAGGCCUCCAUCAUCCUCAACAUCCAGGCCGAAGACAACGACGCAACCGAGCAAGAACCCAGCCAGCUGCUCCCUGAUGAGGCUGCGGAGUCCUGCAAAGAUGCCAAAACACCCAAGAAGAAAAAGAAGAGCACAAAGGAUGUAGAGAAGUCAGCUGCCGAUACGCCGGGCACAGACUCAUCCACCAUAGAUACAUCAAGCGAUACUGCCCUCUCCACCAAGACUGCCAAAAAGAAAAAGAGAGGCAAAAAGAGAGCGGAGGAGGUGGCAGAGGAAGAGGAGGAUCAGGUGAAAGAGGAGGAGGAGGAGGAGAAGCAGGAGGAGGAGGAGGACAUGUCUGAGACCACUUCAUCAGGAAAGACUAAGAAAGCUAAGAAAAGGAAGAGGGAGGUGGAUGAAGUGGAAGAGAACGAUGAGGCAACUCCUGUAACUCCCUCAGAAAAUAAAAUAAAGAAGAAAAAGAGUAAAGUAAGAGAGGCAGAAAAGGAGGAGAGUGAGGCAGCAGGAGUGGAGGAGGAGGAGGAGGAGGACAAGAAUCUUGUGAGUCCGGCAGAGACAUCAGAGGAGAAAAAGAAGAAGAAGAAAAAGAGGAAAAAGGGCAGACGAGAGAAGGAGGAGGUGCAGUCUGAUGAACCACCAGCAGGGGGCGACGAAGACAUAGAAAAGGAGCUGGAGGCCACAGAUGGAAACUCUUCUCAGCUCUCUUCAGCCAAAAAGAAACACCGUCCCAGGAGGAAACUCAGCCUGGUGAAGAGACUGAGGCUCCACAGGCAGGAGGAAAGGAAGAGGGGGAAGAAGAGCAGCAGCAGCAGCAGUGCAGGAGAAAGCAAGACGCACAAAGGCAAAAAGAAACAAAAACAGAUCCAAGAUGCAGCAGAAGAGACGCCUCAACCAAAGCCAGCCAAAAGACCUCAACCUGCCCAGGAUGACGACGACGACACGCCAAAGAAGAAGAAAAAGAUGAAAAUGAACACGGAACAAGAAGAGAACUCCUCAAAGGAAAACCAGCCGCCAAAGACGAAGAAAGAGAAGAAGAAAAAGAAGGGAUUGUUGAGGGAGGAGGAUGAAAGCGGCGCGGUGACUGCUGAGCCUCCUGAAGUUGACUCGUCUCCACUUUCAAAGGAAAGCAAGAAGAAGAAAAAGAAGAAGAUGAAGGCUGGAGAAGGCGAGGGGACAACAGAGAGCUCAACUCCCAUCACUGUGAGCCAAGAUGUACCUGCAAAGAAAAAGAAGAAAAACAGACUAAAGGAGAAACUGGAAGAGACGGACCCUGCUGCUGAUGAACAAACUCCUCCUGCUUCUUCUAAGAAAAAGAAAUCCCUCAAAAGACCAAUCAUGUCAGAAUAAAUCUGGUGUAUUCUCUGAUCAGACACGGUGGAGAACAACCAACGCCCAAAAAAGUAACCGGACAAUCUGGAUAAUGUUAGUGCCUUUACUCCAGAUUUCUCUGUCUGAGAUAAAGUGAUAUCUGCUCCCAGAAACAGAGAUCUCUGAGGGACAUCAGUGUUUUCAGUCAUGAUUUACCGUCUUCUUUCUUUAAAAAACUGUGAAAACAAUAUAACUAUCAAACCCUCAGCAGAUUGGAAUUUUAUUUUUAAGGCAUGAGCUUUAACAAUCAGACCCAUUUGUCUUUUUGGAAAUAUAAUUCAGCAACACUAAACAUUGUAGUACCAUUGCGGGUGUCCUUUGUCAGCAUGUCAGUAACUUGCACUCUGUUGGUUUACCAAUGAGCUUGGUACUGCUGGUACAUGAUGUUGGGAACUUCACAUAUCAAACUUUGGUUAGUGAUGAUCUUUAAGGGAACAAGCUGUGUAACGGAAACAUUUCAAAACAUGUUAUAUUACAGAAAUAAGUUAAGAGGUUUUUGAACAGACUUCAGUCAGUUUAGAGUUAACGAUCUGAAACAUUUUUCUGUUUGAGGUAGAAAAACUAGUUUUAGUCUGUUUAGUUUGAGACUCAUGUUACAUAAGAUUCAGUCAUAAAGCUGUGAAAUUCUGUUUUUAUUUGUUUACAGAGUUCUGUUGUUUACACACUGUUUGUCUUUUUAAUCCCAUGAACUGUUAACUAUGCAUCUCAUUCACUGUUUGGGUAUUUCUUUGCUGUUCUUGAGGACCAACAUGUGUGAGAGGAAAUAAAACUCUGAAACAGC